CAUUUGAAAGACUCGCAGUAAACAAAGAGCCAGAAAGAGGUCAGGAAGACAAGAUAAGUGUCACAUUGCAAUCUGGGACAACAUAAAGCUUUUUAGAAAUUAACAGCCUUUUUUGGAAACUUCCCCUGCAGGGCUUUUGCAGUCAGUCUACUCAGAAUGGAUCUACACCAGUUUCUGACAUAGGGAAGCAGCACUCUGCCCCUCAUUCAUUCUGUCUCAUACAUCAUUCAGCUGUGACUCUGCAGCGCUAGGCGGCUGUCUGAGAUGUGACUCAGGACAGGAGCAGGUUAGGGCUGUUGCAGUACACACAACUCUCUGAAACUGAGCUGCACUUGUUGUAAGAGCCAGCAGGGACAGCCAGACAUUCAGCCGGCUCUCACACACACCGCAGCCGCAGGACAGCGAUCACACACAGCUGGGCACCUCCAGCUGAAAGAACAGAGACUAUUCCCUUACAGAACUUUCCACAUCUGGGCGCCCAAAGCUGAUUAAAGACCAGCACUUGGCACUUUCAACGAAAAGAGAAGAUAGAUCGUCAUAUCUCAGCACCAGAAAAACAAAACAGUUCUUCACUGCUAAAGGAUUAUACACAUAUGUGCUUAUAGAAGAGGGAGCCAUAUACUGCUGGAUGGGGUUUGCUGAACAGCAGUUUUAAGUAAAAGAGAUAAUUCAUUUCUAUUCUGGGAGACCCUGGUUAUAUUAAAACUACAGUGCUGGACAUCACAGAGUAAUGGGUAUACAUUUCAGAGCUGAGUAUUUCUUACAAAAAGACAUUUCACCCUGUUGGACAUCUAUCAUUUUAUGAAAGAGAAUAUUCACUCAUUUUAAGUAAAGGAUUAUUCACAGUAUAUUAUCUAUCUUCUAUAGCUGGACAUACUUAGCAGAAGGAGAGACUAUACAUAAUUAAUUGGAGAAAAAAAAACCCAUCUGAAGUACAAGAGGAAUUAACCAUUACUGGGCAUUAAUUUUGUUUUUGUUUUAAAUUUCACCUUUGUUAAUACCCAGCUUUGAAAAAGAGAAAGUACUCAAGAGAAGUGAGACCCCCCUGGGACACACAAAAAAAUUAUCCUGUACUUGUGCCAACCUAAAUGACUAAAAAAAACACUACAGAUUAUUCCAAGGAAACGUUUGAUUAAACAAAAAAACGACAUUAAAGAAGCACAUUGAUUUAUUGGAGACUUUAUUACACAAGAAGGAUGUUGUCUGAGACCCUCUGGAUUGCAGAUUAAAUACAUCUGAGCAAUAUGAACAUCAAAAUUCCUCUACUGAGCAUGGGCAGGAAACUGACUGGAGCAAUUCCUUUGCCUUCUGUAUAGAUCACAGCCCCCUUGUGGACCAGAAGUAAUGGACCCUAUACAAAUGAGGAUGCCCAAAUUAAGCGGAAUAUGGUGUAUCCACUGGAAAUGGAAGAUGCAACCAAUUCUAUGCUUUAUUGCCGUGUUCAUCGCAUGUUUUCAGCAUUCUGUGUUAUGUUGCUCUGAUUGCAAGUUGAUUCUGACAGCGCCUUCAGGAUCGUUUAAUUCUCCGUGUUACCCAAAAUCUUACCGCAGUAGCCAGGAUUGCAAAUGGACUAUUCGAGCUCCUCCAGGAUUUAUCAUCCAAGUGACAUUUGUGGAUUUUGAGAUUGAAGAAGCUCAGAACUGCAUGUAUGAUUCAUUAGUCAUAAACAAUGGGGUAACAGCAACCAGGUUUUGUGGCAUCACAGCAAAGGGAAUGACGUUUAGCUCAUCUGGAAAUGAAAUGAUAAUAACAUUUACAAGUGACUUUAGUAUAGAGAAGACUGGCUUUAACGCAACGUAUAGUCAAGUGGCAGUUUCUUUGAGAAACCAAAAGGUUGUGGUACCCCGAAACCAAACUUCAGGAAUUAUUUCUAUCUCAUCAAAAGUUUCUAUACCUACACUAAGCCAAUUAACUGUGUGUUUGGAGGCAACUUUAUCUAACAACAGCACAGAGGAAUGGAAAGCUUUCUCAUACUGGAAUUCUUCAACAGAUUUUUUCAGUUUUGGUAGAACUGAAUCAGGGCAUUUUCUGUUGAUCGCUGGAACAACAUGUGUUCUUGACCCUGCUUUGCCAUUGCUUGGAAAUAAAGAGUUGUUUAGGGAAUCAUUUGAACAGCUGUGUAUUGUCUGGGAUAGCCAAUCAGACGUUAUUGGUGUGAAUGCCAAAAAUACCUAUCGAACAGUUUCUUGCCCUUUCAAAAAAGGUCUGACUAUUCCAGCCAAUGGGAAUUUACUACUUGGUUCCUAUGAUAAUAAAAUAGGACCACUACAAGGGGAUAUUUACAACUUUCGUCUCUGGGACUUCACCCUGGAUUCAAAGACUCUCUCAAAUCUCAGCUGUGAUAUGAAAGGGAAUAUUGUCAGUUGGGAAAAUGAAUUCUGGAGCAUCCCAUCAUGGGCCAGAAAAGCAGAAAAUAACCUCAGUUGUGGUACCUCAUUAACAACAGCCACGCCGUCAUUGGAAACCACCUCCUGUGAGAGCCUUGGGGGCUUGUGUCAAGCUACUUUACCAUCUACUGUAAAUUCACCAUCAAUUAUCAUCACUAACAUGUCAGAUAUUCAUAGUACCAGUAUGACAUAUGCUACUGUAACUUCCUCUCCAUCAUCCUCAUCACCAUCUACAUCACUUCCAUCAUCUAUCAUGAUAACUACUAACAUGACAGAUACAAAUAACACAAUCUCUGCUACUGUAACAACUCCCUCACCAUCUACCAUGAUAACUACUAACAUGACAGAUACUAAUAUCACCGAUAGCCUGCUUCCUGUUGGGACCUUUUAUAGGAUUUCCAUUACACUUUCAAAAAAUGUGACUCUUGUCAAUGGAGAACCAGUGUCAAAGGCAGUAUUAAAAUGGCUGCAAGAAGUAUUUGAUGGUUGGAAUUAUACAGUCUAUGUAGUAAAUAUGAGUAUGUUGCCCACCCCACCAAGGACAAAAAGGGCUUUGCAAGGCGAAAUGAAAGAAAGCAGCAGCAGUUUUCAGGUCUGGGCACUUCUAGUGUAUAACAACACAAAUAAUAUUGUGUUAGAAAAAGAAACUAUCUAUGAUAAGAUUCUAGGCUACAACCAAAGUCUACUAAAUGGAUUGAGCAUUGAUUCAGUUCAAGUUUAUCCAGUUGAACAAUGUGAGGCGGAGGAAUAUCCAACCUCUUACUUCUGGAAUGCUACACGGCCAAGAAUUACCGCAACAAUGCCGUGCUUGAAUAAUCCUGCACAGACUGCCUCAAGAACUUGUGUUGUUGAUUUUAACAACUACACGUCCUAUUGGGCUGCACCAGACUUGAAAAACUGCACAGAAAAUGCUGAAGAUUUAGCAAAUCAGCUACUGAAUCUUACUGGGAGCGGAGAGGAGCUGUCGCCAGAGAAAGUUGAUGAUUUUGUCCAGACUCUUAAAAAAAUAGUAAAUGAUGCUGAUAUCAACGCUUAUCUGGGGUCAACUGUUGUAAACGUCUUCUCCAACAUCUUAAAUAGUUCCGACAAUGCACUAUCCAAAUCUUCUUCUGAAGCCCUCAAAACUAUUGAGGCUUUGGCAUUAAAGAUCCACUUCACUGGACCGUCUGUCAGUAUCACCUCACGUAACCUGGCGCUGGGAGUGUCUAAAGUAAAUUCUACCUCAUAUAAUGGCUCAUCUUUCAGCGUGGGCCAUCAGUAUAAUAGUUCUAACUUUGAGAUUGAUAUGGAAAAGGGACAGUCAAGUCCAUUGGCUUCGAUUGUUUUACCUUCAAGCCUAUUGGCAAAUUUAAGUCAAGGAGACUUUUAUACGGUAUCCAGAGCACAGUUUACUUUCUUCAAUAAAACUGGACUUUUUCAGGAUGCCUUUUUGUUUCCAAAUGGACAAAAGCUUGCUAGUUACGUUGUCGCAUGCAGCAUUGGAAACCUUACUAUUCGAGAUCUUUCAGAUCCAGUAAAAAUUACAGUAAAACACAAAACAAACCAGCAUUCUGCAAAUCCAUCGUGUGUUUUCUGGGAUACUCAUAAAAACAAUGGUAAUGGUGGUUGGAACUCAUCAGGCUGCAAAGUACUAAGCAGUGAGUCCAAUGCAAAUGAAACUGUUUGCCUGUGUAACCAUCUCACACAUUUUGGGAUACUAAUGGAUUUACAGAGAACUGCAACUUCAAUUGAUCAGCAGAAUACAAAGAUCCUGACCUUUAUAACCUACAUUGGAUGUGGGCUUUCCGCCAUUUUUACUGCAGCCACUCUUCUGACAUACAUUGCUUUUGAGAAAAUAAGACGUGAUUAUCCUUCAAAAAUCCUAAUGAACCUGAGUACGGCCUUGCUUUUCCUCAAUCUGUUCUUCCUAUUGGAUGGAUGGCUUGCAUCAUUUGACAUUAAUGGACUUUGUAUAGCAGUGGCAGCCCUUCUCCAUUUUUUUCUUCUGGCUACAUUCACAUGGAUGGCAUUGGAAGCUGUUCAUAUGUAUAUUGCAUUAGUCAAAGUUUUCAACACAUACAUCCGGAGAUACAUAUUAAAGUUUUGCAUCAUUGGCUGGGGUAUUCCUGCUGUAGUGGUUGCGAUCGUUCUUGCAAGUACUCAUAGUGACAGUGCUUAUGGAAAAAGCUAUUAUGGCAAAGAUACCAACGGGAAUGGUGGUGAUGAAUUCUGCUGGAUUAAUAGUAACAUUGUGUUCUACGUGACCUGUGUUGCUUACUUUGCAAUCAUGUUCCUCCUGAACAUAGCCAUGUUUAUAGUGGUGAUGGUGCAGAUCUGUGGAAGAAAUGGAAAAAGGACCAAUCGCAGUGUCCGAGAAGAAGUCCUGAGGAACCUACGCAGUGUAAUCAGCCUUACAUUUCUCUUAGGAAUGACUUGGGGAUUUGCCUUUUUUGCUUGGGGCCCAGUCAACCUUGUCUUCAUGUACCUGUUUACUAUUUUCAACUCACUUCAAGGCUUAUUUAUUUUUAUUUUUCACUGUGCAUUGAAAGAAAAUGUACAAAAACAAUGGAGGAGACAUCUGUGCUGUGGAAAACUUCGAUUGGCUGAUAAUUCAGACUGGAGUAAAACAGCAACUAACAACACAAAGAAAGUCAGCUCAGAUAAUCUGGGCAAAUCACUUUCCUCAAGUUCAAUAGGUUCUAACUCAACUUACUGGACAUCAAAAUCUAAAUCAAGCUCCAACCCAUUCUUUAAAAGGAACAGUAGCACGGAUUAUAUAUUUGCCAAUAGACCUUCAGUCAAAUUUUCUUCAGUGGGUGGUGAACAGACAUCUAUUCUUCCAGUUCAUCAUGUUAUUGACAAGGUCAAAGGCUACUGUCAUUCACAUUCUGACAAUUUCUACAAAAACAUCAUCAUGUCAGAUUCCUUCAAUCAUAACACCAAGUUCUAGUCCUAAAAGGAAGAUGCAACAAUCAAACAGAAGUAUUUUUUUUUACAUAAAGGGAAUAAGUAAAAGACAUCAAAAAGGGAAACACAUUUUUUUUUCUUAAACAUAAAAACAUUGUUCUAGGAUUGUUAAAUCCAUAAAUUAAAAAUUCCUGUGCACUUUCUUUAAAUGACUGUAAACAGCUGGAGAAUGUGCAACUCCUUUGACUUUCAGGCUGGAUGUAGCCUUUAUUAUAUCUGCAUAUGGACAUUGGGGGGAAAAUGAACUUCUUUUGAUUGCCAAGUAGCACCCUUUGUCGCAAAUGGCAUGUUUCCAUGAAGCCAACAUCCUAUUUUAAGCUGGUACAUCCAAAAAUGUUUGCAAAUUGUAUACUUUUCCUAUAUUUGAUCUUACAAAUGGGAACUUGCUUGAGCCAAUACAUUUUAUUUUUGAUGUGUGAAUAGUGAAUCACUUAAUCAAAUACUGUUAUUAAUGUAGUUUUUUUUAUACAAAAACUUUCCUUUAGUUGAAAAGGUAAGACAAUUUGAUUCACCAGGACAGAAAGCUGCUCCUUUAACUCUGUUCUCUCUUUUUAUGUCAGAAUUAUCAGAUUUUGGACAUCAUUUUAAAAAAAAAAAAAUAUAUAAAAAUAUUUAAACAGUUAUAACUGAAAGGAAUUACAACACUAUUUGUGCUUUACAAUAGUGUAUAUUUAUAAAGAAUACUAUAACAUCUUAAUAUGCCUGUUUGUUAUUCCUAUAAUCUCUAAAAAAAUGAAGGGAGUUAGCCUCUCAACAAACAGAAUUAAGAAAAAUAAUAAAUUGUUUGAAUUAACUCUAAUAAAAAAGUAGCACUUUUAGUUUUAAGUAUUGAUGAUUGUAUGACUGACUUGGGCAGUUAAAUAUUUUAGAAAUUUAGAAGAAAAUCAAGAAAACUUAAGAUUAAAUAUAUUACACCAAACUUUUUUUUAAAGUAUUUUUAUUGAGUAAAACUAAAGAUUUAAUGCGGAAUAUUCAAGAAAAUUUGUUUCUCCAAAUAUUCGAUGGCUGCAGUAUUCAUUAUUCAUUUAGUUUAACGAAUACUGAAUUAAAACAAAUAUAAAUGUUUUAAAGUUACAGGUGAAUCUCUGGAGAGAUUAUCCAAAAGUCUUGUUUUUAAUAUAAGCAAAAUUUACAUUUAGAAAUGUUUAGCCAGAUAUACAGGGUUCUGGAUGUGAAGGAACGACAAAUCCAUUAUAAUAUAAUACACAAAAAAAGGCUCCAAAGGUUUUUCAUGAUUUCUCUCCAUGUUGGAAGUUUUUGAUCAUCCACUAGUCCUGAAGUAGUACGAGGUUACAGUAAAUGACUUAGAAAUGUUUCUGGGUUUACAUGGACUGGUAACUUUUUCUACCUGACUGGUAGCCAAUAGAGAUAUUUUUCUACCCUUGAUAUAUAUUCUUCAUGAACAGUAAAAGGGACAUGAAACCUAAUUGUUUUCUUUCUUCAGAUAGAGCAUACAAUGUUUAAACAGUUUUCAAUUUACUUCUAUAAUCAAAUUUGCAUCAUUCUCUUGGUAUCCUAGUAGCAAUGCACUACUAGGAGCUAGCUGAACAAAUUGGGCGAGCCAAUGACAUGUGGCAGCCACCAAUCAGCAGUUAACUCCCAGUAGUUCCUUUAUGUUCCUGAGCUUACCUAGGAAUGCUUUUCAACUAAGGAUGCUAAGAGACAACUUUCCAGUUUACCUCUGUCUGAAUCACAAAAGAAAAAUGUUGAUUUCAUGUCCCUUUAAUUAUAAAUUGUAGAAGGAUAGUGAGCACAAACACAACAAAUCAAAGAUUGGAGAAAGGGGAUCAUUAUUACAGAAUCGUAAAAUGUUUUGAUAGUAAACAGUUUAUAUAUUAUAGUGGCUUCAUAACUAAGAACUUGAGAUGUGCAUUUGUUUUCGGACAAGUCACAUCUGUCAUGAAAAUCAA